UCUGGCAUUUUCUCACUUCAUCUUCCUCUCUCUCUCUCUCUCUGGUCUCUUCCCAGCUGCUACAACUAGCAACUCCAAUCAACCCUACAUACGCGGGAUCGUUCCUGUUUGACUCACCGAGUUGCCCUUCAACGCUGCUCCUUCUCAUGGCUUAAGGGUGUGUUUGAUUGCCAAUCCUGUACCAGAACUGUUUGAAAUUGCAAGCAAACCAGUGGAUUUGGAUUUUGGAUUUUUGGUUGGUGCCAUGAUGGGGAAAAUGAAUCAGUAUUGUGUUGGUGUUCCAUUGUUUCUGUGUUUGGUGUUAGCUGUUGAACUUGUCCUAGCAGCAGAUUUUAAGCCUACAGAUAAAAUCCUGUUGAAUUGUGGAGGUCCUCCUGAUAGUUCUGAUACUGAUGGCCGUGAUUGGACCACUGAUAAGGGUUCCAAAUUUGGUGCCCUUGGUGGGAAUUCCACCACAUCAUCGGCAGCGACUCAAGACCCUGCUGUCCCCCAGGUUCCUUUCAUGACGGCGCGCGUGUUUUUUGCGCCGUAUACCUACAGUUUUCCGGUGGCCUCGGGUAGGAAGUUCCUCAGGCUGUACUUUUACUCUGCUUCCUAUUCGGGCCUCAAUGCAUCGGAUGCCCUUUUCGGUGUGGAGGCGCAAUCCUAUACCCUGCUUAGGAACUUCAGCGUUUCUCAGAACACCUUGGCUUUGAAUUAUGCUUACAUUGUGAAGGAAUACUCCAUCAAUGUUGAAGGGGGGACCUUGAAUGUGACAUUUAGGCCAUCUACCAAUGCCUCCAAUGCCUAUGCGUUUGUUAACGGAAUUGAGGUUGUGUCCAUGCCUGAUAUUUACUCUUCUACGGAUGGAACUACAAUGAUCGUGGGUACGGAUUCAGCUGUCACCAUUGACAACAGCACUGUUCUUGAGAAUCUUUAUAGGUUGAAUGUAGGUGGGAAUGAUAUCUCACCCUCCCAUGAUACCGGCAUGUUUAGGUCAUGGUCUGAUGAUAUGCCCUACAUCUAUGGUGCUGGAUUGGGAGUUACUGAGCCUGCUGAUCCAGAAGUGAAGCUUGAGUAUCCUCCGGACACACCGACUUAUAUUGCCCCGGCUGAUGUCUACACCACAGCUAGAUCAAUGGGCCCGGAUGCCAGCAUCAACAAGAAUUACAACUUAACUUGGAUUUUCUCCAUUGAUUCUGGGUUUUCCUAUCUUGUGAGACUUCAUUUCUGUGAGGGCUCAACAAAUAUCACCCUGAUUAAUCAAAGAGUAUUUGAUAUAUUCCUCAAAAAUGAAACUGCUCAGGCGGAGGCUGAUGUGAUUGCCUGGGCAAACUUGUAUGACCUUUCACAUUCAAAUGGGGUCCCAGUUCAUAGAGAUUUUGUUGUAUUUGUUCCCAACGGGGAACCACGGCAGGACUUGUGGCUUGCGCUGCAUCCAGAUACAUCUUCGAAGCCCCAAUAUUAUAAUGCAAUCUUGAAUGGAGUGGAGAUAUUCAAAAUUAAUGAUACUACAGGCAAUCUGGCAGGGACAAAUCCUAUUCCUCCUCCGCUGCAAGAAAAAAUUGAUCCAUCAUUGGCUAGGGCAUCUAGCCAUGGUAAAUCAAGCAGUCAUGCGGGAAUAAUUGCUGGGUGUGCUGUUGGAGGAGUUGUUUUAUUGCUUGUGAUUGGGCUAUUUGCUUUUGCUGCAUCCCGUCGCCGCAGGCAUGGAAAAGAUUCUAGUGCAAGUGAAGGGCCAUCUGGCUGGCUUCCACUCUCGCUUUAUGGUAAUUCACACUCUGCAGCUUCUGCCAAGACCAACACAACAGGAAGUUAUGCAUCCUCUCUCCCAUCAAACCUCUGCCGUCAUUUCUCAUUUGCUGAAAUCAAGUCUGCCACGAAAAACUUUGAUGAGGCUUUGCUUCUUGGUGUUGGAGGAUUUGGUAAGGUUUAUUAUGGAGAAGUUGAUGGUGGAACGAAAGUUGCAAUUAAACGAGGGAAUCCACUCUCUGAGCAGGGGGUGCAUGAGUUCCAGACUGAGAUUGAAAUGCUUUCUAAACUCCGUCAUCGCCACCUAGUUUCACUCAUUGGAUACUGUGAAGAAAACACUGAAAUGAUCCUUGUCUAUGAUCAUAUGGCCUAUGGAACACUCAGGGAGCACCUUUACAAGACACAGAAACCUCCACUACCAUGGAAGCAAAGGCUUGAGAUAUGCAUUGGAGCUGCUCGGGGUUUACACUAUCUACAUACCGGUGCCAAAUACACUAUCAUCCACCGAGAUGUGAAGACCACAAACAUUCUACUAGAUGAGAAGUGGGUGGCUAAGGUUUCUGAUUUUGGAUUGUCUAAAACAGGUCCUACAUUGGAUAAUACUCACGUAAGUACUGUAGUAAAGGGUAGUUUCGGGUACCUGGAUCCGGAAUACUUCAGGAGGCAGCAACUCACCGACAAAUCUGAUGUGUACUCAUUCGGUGUGGUUCUGUUUGAGAUCUUGUGCGCUCGCCCGGCUUUGAACCCGUCCCUUGCUAAGGAGCAAGUGAGUCUUGCUGAGUGGGCUUCUCAUUGCUACAACAAAGGCAUUCUUGACCAAAUACUUGAUCCUUAUCUGAAGGGCAAGAUAGCUCCGGAAUGCUUUAAGAAGUUUGCUGAGACCGCAAUGAAGUGUGUGUCUGACCAGGGCAUUGAGAGGCCGUCCAUGGGUGAUGUCUUGUGGAACCUCGAAUUCGCUUUGCAGCUUCAAGAAAGCGCAGAAGAGAGCGGCAACGGGUUUGGUGGAAUUCACGGUGAAGAUGAGCCAUUGUUUGCAGAUUCUAAGGGAAAGAAGGAUCCUGAUGCAAUGCCUGGCUAUGAUGGUAAUGUGACUGACUCCAAAAGCAGUGGCAUGUCUAUGAGCAUUGGAGGUAGAAGCUUGGCUAGUGAAGACUCUGAUGGGUUAACACCAAGUGCUGUGUUCUCUCAGAUCAUGAAUCCAAAGGGGCGUUAAGAUCAUCAAGUAAGAUAUAAGAAUUCCACGAUCAAUCACUCAAGUUGGGUAGUGCAAUCUACCUUCAGCAAAUCCAAACUUUACUUGUUAUUGAUUUUCUUAAGAUUAUUAUUCCUUUCUCUUCUUGUUUUUGAUUUAUUAUGAUUAUAUAAGUUGUAAUUUGUGGACAUAAAAGAUUUAAGAGCUAAUGUAUUAUUGUACUGAGGUUGUUGUGAUCCGAAUUUUAGGAAAACCCUCCUUUUCUCCAGGAUUUAUUAGAUGCGCAAAACCAAGGUUACUUGUGUCA